AUGCUUGCCCCCCAGCAGGUCGACGACCCAACAAUUCUCUCAACCGAUGCGGUCAUGGAGCCAGCGAGCAUGGUGCUGGUGUACAGCAAGACCUUUGUGAGUUUCGAGGAGGCGCCGGUCAGCAUGCCCCGAGUGAAGAGCAUGCCGGACUUGUACGAAACAGACCUCGAUGUGCAGGACUUCAAGGCGCUUCAGGCUCGCUUGACGCACAAGGUCACGAGUCUUGCUGACGAUUGGCAGCAAUUGGCUGCGGCAGCCAAUGCAGAUGCUGCAGCCACGCCACUGACUGUGGUCUAUGACCCAGCAGUUCGAUCAACCAAUGCGGACAUGAAGCCGCCGGCACCAGUGGAUUUGCUGGUGCAGGCUGAGGAUUGGCGGCAAAUGGCUGCGGCAGGCAAUGCAGAUGCUGCAGCCACGCCACUGACUGAGGUCUAUGACCCAGCAAUUCGAUCAACCCAUGCGGACACGGAGCCGCCGGCACCAGCAGACUUGAUGGUGCAGGAGGGAAACGUGGACAACGAGAAUUGGCAGGUGCCAGAAGACGAUGCGGUUCAAGGCCACACUGGAGGCAUGCCGGCGUCCAUGCAUGCGCCUGGGCCGUGUUCGGGAGGGGCGGCCUUGCUUGGCAGUAUAUCGUGGCUGGUCACUGCCGCAAUGGUGUCAGUUGCGGCCGCACUGGCAUGGUUCUACAGUCCUGUGGAGUUCCCCUUAGCUUGA